UGGCUGCGGGUGUCUCUCUCUCCCUCUCUCUCUCCCUCUCUCUCCCUGGCUGCGGGUGUCUCUCGCCCUCUCAUUAAAGCCGCGGAGCUUUACUUUGCGCAUGUUCGGCCGCUCGCGCCCAACAUUCGACACCAAGAUGGCGAGAACACGUCUGGCUUGUCUCCUGACUCUCCUCUCAACUCACUGUUACCUGGGCGUGUUAGCAGUGGUACUAAAAACAAACAAUGAAUCUCCUUGGACAAAUGAGUUUGACAAGGUUGAAUUGUCAUGUUUGAUCGAGUCUAUUACCACAUCAAAUCCCAGGAUUGAAUGGAAGAAGAUCACCAGAGAUGGACCCAGUUAUGUUUACUUUGACAAGAGGAUCUCAGGUGACUUGGAAGACAGAGCUAUGAUCAGAGAGCACGCCUCCUUACUCAUAACAAACGCCACGAGAUCGGACACAGCGAAGUACCGCUGCGAAGUCACAGCUGCUAACGACCAGAAGUCAUUUGAUGAGAUUGUGAUCAACCUUGUUGUAAGAGUAAAACCCGUGGUGCCAAAAUGCCACGUUCCCAAGUCCGUGCCUUUUGGGAAGUCGGCUGAACUGAGCUGYGUGGAGGAGGAGGGCUUCCCGAAGUCUCAGUACCAGUGGUUUAAGGACAACGAGGAAAUCCCAGAUGACCCGAAGACCAGCUUGAAAUUCUCCAACUCCUCAUACACGCUGAAUGCAGACACGGGAACUCUGAAGUUUAUCACGGUCAGAAAAGAAGAUGCAGGCGAUUAUUUCUGCCGGGCGAAGAACGAUGCAGGAUCUGCUGAGUGUUCAGCUCAGCAGUUGGAAGUCUAUGAUAUCAACAUCGUGGGGAUCAUCCUGGGAGUGCUGGUAGUGGUCAUAGUGCUCCUGUGUAUAACAGCAGGGAUCUGCUGUGCCUACAAACAAGGUUAUUUCUCCAGCAGAAAACAGGCGGGAAACAAUUACAAAGUUCCAGCUAAAGGAGACGGAGUGGACUACGUCAGGACGGAGGAUGAGGGGGAUUUCCGACAUAAAUCGUCGUUUGUGAUUUGAUGAGGAGAAGGAUCCGUGGUUCUGCCCUCUGUGCUGUAGAACCAUGAAGCUGCUGCAGGUCCGGCUUGGAGCUCGCAGCAGGACUGAAACCCAAACACUUCAAUUUGCCAAAGGUGUCUGCAGCUCACAGGACCACCGUGUCCACGUCACAGAGAAUAAUCGGACUUGCACACCUUCAGCUGACUUUAGUUCCUAAGUUCUUCAGUUAUUUGAUGGUUUUAACACUGAGUGAGGAGGCAGGAACAGAACCUGCUGGAUCCGAACGGAGCAGGACGUCUUUCUACUCUCCACACUUUGCUUCAGAGCUUUGCUCCUUUCUAUAACUUUUCUUUUCUACUGGUGAAAUUUGUCACAAUAUUUUUGAUGGAAUAUAUUUUAAAAUGCCUAUAGAUGAAGGUUUACUUUUUUAAAUAACUGUAAAAUACUAACGUGUGUAGUUUUUGUUUUUACUUUAAUGUAGUGGUGGAUUAAAAGUUUGUAACACUUUGCA